UGCAAUGUUUUUGACAAUACUGUUCUCCGUCUCAUACGCACCCAUUUGCCGCGGUACCGCUAUCGCCCUCUAAGAGCUGCUUUGUGCCAAAAUUAGAUUUUGUUAUAGUUCGAAUUUUUGACUUUUUUAUCGACUUUUUUGACGCGUUUCGUAGCUUAUAUUUUGAAGUUUAGCAGCUUCUGCGGCCAGAGUAUAAAGUCAAGAUGCCGCAAGGUCCUAAGCCUAGCCCCCUAAUGAAGCCCUUCGUGGUCCUCGCUCUUCCUGGAAUGUAUUUAUUUUAUAAAUACAACCAGUACAAGCGGAAAAGGAAAGAAAAUGCAACAAAGCGACUUGCUGAAAGGGAAUUGCAACAUUUAAACUAUAAAAUAGACAAACUAUUAAGUAAACUAGAAGAAAGUGAGCCUGAGUUAGCAACAUGCCAAGAAGAAGAGUGUGUGAUUUGUAUAAACGCUAAAGCCACAAUGCAAACAGCGCCAUGUGGGCAUCAAGUCGUCUGCAGAAAAUGUUUUGUGAAAACCAUACAAAUAGCAGUUUCUCAACGACUUCUACCACUGAGGUGUGUUAUUUGCAGAGCAAAAAUACUUCGACUUAAGACAGGUCCCAUCCUUCCAACAUCAGCAAGUGGCUAUUCUAUGACGUCUCGAUCAUCUUCGGUGCCUCAGUCGGACAGUUUGUACAGUGUUAGCAGCGGAGAAUCCUCAAUUUCUUCCACAUCAUGUUCUUCCGACGGUAGUAAAGGAUCAGUGUGUUGCGGGGGUCACUGUCUAGGUGCAUACCCACGACAGCCCGCCACAGGUGCUAUCCGUAGGUCUCAGCAGCACGCGAUGAAGAUGAGACUGCAGGACUACUGUAGACCGGAAAAAAACCACGUCAACAGGCUGCCGCCCAUUAGGGAGCUGCCUGGACAGAGUCCUCUUCAUAAUGCCCCUCCUGCUUCUACAAGAAUAAGAUGCGCCCAGAAAAUAGUAACCCAACUCGAACUACCUCUCAUGAGACCGAGGGGGUACAAGUAUGAAAAAUUACCCCAAGAAGAUGUCGAAGAGACUGCAGAAAAAGACAAGACUCCGGUAAAAGAGAAGAGGUGGUGGUCUGACAAAAAGAGGGACAGGACAAAGAGCGAGGAGAGAAUAGACAACAAAAAGAAUGAAAUUGCAGAGAAGCAAAUGGAAUUGAAAGAGAAACUGAUAGCUAAAGCAGACAAACAAAGAGAAAAAAAUAAACAACUCACAAAUGAGGAAAGGUUGUAA